AACCACGACCGACGCGGUUCGUAAUAAUUCCUCCGAAUCCGCGCACCAUUCACCACUCACCUCUCUCACUCUCGAUCGGCGAGCUCGGAGGUGAACGAUAAUGGCGGGGGCCCUAAACCCUAGCCUGUUGAAGGCGAUACUCGUGGUGAUGGGGCUAGGGUUAGCGGCGUACAUCGUCGGGCCCCCUCUCUAUUGGCACCUCGUCGAAGCCCUCGGCGGCUCCUCCUCGUGCCCCCCCUGCUCCUGCGAUUGCUCCUCCCAACCCCUCCUCUCCCUCCCCGAAGAGUUGAGCAACGUCUCGAUCACAGAUUGUGCGAAACGCGACCCGGAGGUUAGCGAAGAAAUGGACAAGAAUUUCACAGACCUCCUCACAGAAGAAUUGAAGUUGAGAGAAGAGGAGGCGACGGAAGCAGAGCAGCGUGCUGACGUGACAUUACUCGAGGCGAAGAAGUUGGCAUCACAGUAUCAAAAGGAAGCCGACAAGUGCAGCUCAGGAAUGGACACCUGCGAGGAGGCACGAGAGAGGGCCGAGGCCACAUUGCUCGAACAGAAGAAGCUCACCGCAUUGUGGGAAUUAAGGGCUCGACAAAAAGGGUGGAAACCGGGGAAUGUAAAGUCUCAAUGAAUAAGGUUGAGAGUUCUCGCUUCUCGAAGAGGGCGAAAUGGAGAAAUCAGUUUCACCUAAAUAGAGUUUUCUCGCUUGCCACGGUAGUUUGUCGACCUACAAUACGGUGAUCAUGUUAAGAGGAUAGUUAUCCAAGAAGUAAUGAAGCAAUUUCCUUUUUAUCCUCUUAAAUUUCGCAUUUAGAAGUGUACCAUUUUUGGAAAGUAAGUUGGAACCAAGUUACUUGUUCAUAGAUGCAUUAUGUGACGCAACAGGUUGAUGAAGAACCGCAGUUGAAUCGAUUGUUGCUUCUUUUCUUU